AUGUCGGUUUAUAUGAUUGUUAAUUGUGUUGAUGACGAUCAAAGCACAGAUAAUGGCAAUUCAACUGAUCCAACAAUCAAGACAACCACAACAGAUAACCCGACGUCUACUGUAAGCUCUGAUGAGACAACUGUCACUACUGUCCGAUCAUUUGGUAAUACAGAACAUCAACAACCAAGACUUGCAAGACAUUCAACUGAUAAACCAUUGAUUGAUCAGAAGUCAGGAUCAGAGGACGAACCGAUGGCAUCGGACCAAAAGAUUCAUGAGAUCAGAGUUCCGGUCAAAGAUGAUUACCGUAAGACAAUCACCACCGGCGAUGAUCUCGCCUCCUCUUCUACAAAGUCAAGUUUGUUGACCACUACUGAAGGCACUACCGUUGAAGACAACUAUACGGACAACACGGCGGCCACCAGUGCUGAUGAAGUUCGGGAGUAA